GUCUCGGGGUGGACACACACACACACCCCACGCGGGUCCGCGGUUGGGGCUCCCACGGAGGGGGGGGCUCACCCUGGAACGGAGCCAGACCCCCCCCCUCCCGGCUUCGGUAAUCACGUGAUUUCGCCCCCCCCGGAAUGCUCUGCCUCCCUCCACCAAUCAGGCGGCCGGGAUCGCCUGCAUCCCUCUCGGCCAAUGAGGAGACGCCGCCCCUGCGCCUUUAAGAGCCUGGCGUUGCGUCAUCGGGAGCGGCUGCGCCCCGCCUCCCCAUUGGCCGCCGCGUGAGCUGACUCAGCCCAAUCGCCUCACACUCUGGCGCGGCCGCCGCCCGCCCACCGCGGCCUCAAGCCCAGGCGCGUAAUCUCCCGGCUUCAACCAAUACAAGGCGAGAGGAGCCUGACGGGCAGUACGACCUCCCAAUCACCAUGCGGGCCGCCUGCGGGCGGGGCGGGAGCGAGGAGGCGGCGGGCGGAAGCGGCGGCGGGAGGGAAGAUGGCGGCGCGGCGGGGCCCGGGCCCGGGCCCGGUGCUGCUGGCGGUGCUGGCGGUGCUGGGCCCGGGGCGGCCGCUGCGCGGGGCCCGGGCCGCCCUCAACCUGCAGGAGCUCAGCGAGCUCAAGUACGGGCUGGAGAUCCUGGCCGAGCCCGUGCUGGCCGGGCAGCGCCAGGCGGAGGACGUGGUGACCGUGGCCUCCAAGUUCAAGCAGCGCUACGAGUGUCGCCUCCCGCCCGCGGCCGUCCGCCCGCCCGCCCCCGAGGACGACGCUGCGCUCUACAACGGCUCCGGCGUGGCCGAGCUGCUGCGCCCCAUGGCAGCCGCCCCCUGUCUGCUCAAGACCAAGGAUUGGUGGACGUACGAGUUUUGCUACGGGAAGCACAUCCAGCAGUAUCACGUUGAAGAGUCGGAGAUCAAAGGUGACGUCCUGUUCCUCGGCUACUACCACUCGGCGUUCGACUGGAACGACGAGACGGCCAAGGCCACCAAGCAGCACCAGCUGAAGCGCUACCACAGCCAGAGCUACGUCAACGGCUCCCGCUGCGACCUCACCGGCCGCGCCAGAGAGGCCGAAGUCCGCUUCCUGUGCGAGGAGGGCGCCGGCGACUACAUCGCGCGGGUGGACGAGCCGCAGUCCUGCUCCUACGUGCUGACCGUGCACACCACGCGCAUCUGCCACCACCCGUUCCUGCGGCCGCCGGCGCGCGCCGCGCCCCAGCCCAUCCGCUGCCAGCCCGCGCUCAGCCCCGCGCAGUACGUGCAGUACGUGCGCGCCCAAGUCUCCGACACCAAGCGGAAGGUGGAGGAGAUCUCGGAGGAGCUCAAGACCUUGGACACCAGGUUGUGGAGUGAGAGGGACGCCCAGGCCCCCCCGCAGCCCCCCGAGGGGACACCAGCGGCCCGCGGGGACGCCGCGCCGGGGGACGAGCCCGAGCCCGACAAGGACGCGGCUCUUUGGGAGCGGGUGAGCGAGGUGACCGGCACGGCCACCAGCCAGGGGGACAGCGCCCAGGUGGAGGAACCGUCCCCAAAGGUGGCUGAUCCGCAGAAGAAAAUCCACUUCAAGGUGAUCCGCAGCCCUGGGGACCUGCUGCAGUUCAUCGAGGAGCUGAAGGAGAGCACGCGGAAGGCCAAGGAGCAGGCGAGCGAGGAGGAGGAGGCGGCAGCGAAGGUUCCCGCGCCCCCCCCGCGUCCUGAGGACCCCCCAGUGCCGGGAGAAGCCGAGAAGGAGGAAGAGGAGGAUGAGGAGGACGACGGGGACCUUCUGGGUGGCUUCGAGAAGGACCUGGAGGCCAUUGUCCUGCCCCGCGAGCAGAUGGCGCAGCUCAAGGAGGAGGUGAAGACGGAGAUGGAGAAGGAGUUCGACAACAUCAUCAGCGAGGUGGAGGACGAGCUGGAGACCGAGGGGCUGAAGGGGGAGUUUGACCGUAACCAGGCGUCCAAGUCUUUGGCCUCCACCCUCAACCGCCUGAUGGACAAGCUGGACGGGGGGGGGGCGCGCGGGGGGGGGACAGGGAGGAAGAGGAGGGGGCUGGGAGGAAGGCUGAGGGGCGCCCCGCCGGAGAACGUGGAGAGCGAAGUGCGGGAGCUGCUGGCCAAGGAGGGGCUGCGGGCCGAAGGGAAGAUCGAGAUCAAGAUCGUGACGGCGGGGGGGGGCGACGAGGACGAGGCGCAGUGGCUGUCGGAGGAGGACACCAGGAACCUGAAGGACAUUUUCUUCAACAUCCUGCUGCAGGGCACGGAGGAGGCGCAGAAGGAGCGGCGGCGGCAGCAGGCCCUGGAGGACAAUUACCGCUUCGUCUGGGGGGGGGCCCGCGACGAGCCGCCCCCCCCGGGGGACUCCGAGGACCCCGAUUUCUGACGCCCCCUCCCUGCUCCCCCUGUGCUGCUGGGGGCUCCAGACCCCGCAAGGGUUUGGUGCCCCCCCGGGGGAACUUAACUUGGACUGUUCUUUUGGGGGUGGGAUGAGCUGGGGGGUGCGAUGUCGGGGAUGAUGUUGCGGGUGAGUGUCGUGGGGGGGGUCCCAUUGUUGUCACUGGAGCCAUUUGCCCCCCCUCCCCGCGGGGGGGUCUCUCUCAUAAUAAGAUGUAACGAGGUUGUUCGACCUCUGCCACUGUCCCCCCCCCCUUUUUAUCAAUAAAGUGACGUCAGCCCCGG